AUGGCUGAUGGGUUUGGGAUGCCGAAUGGGAUUUGUUUCUCCCCGGAUGAAAAGACGGUUUAUAUCACAGACACGGACCGACUGCAUGGGGAUGGUACGGUGUUUGAUCAUCGGGUAUCUUCGAUCUAUGCCUUCGACGUGUCCACGAUACAUGGACAGCCGUUCCUCACAAACCGUCGGCUCUUCGCCAUGGCCGAUCAUGGAAUUCCAGAUGGGAUCAAGUGCGAUCUGAAUGGAAAUGUGUAUAGUGGUUGCGGUGAUGGUAUCCACGUCUGGUCGCCCGGAGGAGUUCUCCUCGGUCGCAUUCUCAUCGAUGGUGGGGUAGCCAACUUCUGCUUUGGCAGAAACGGAGAGAUAUUUGCGCUGAAUGAGCACCGCUUAUGGAGGGUCCAGCUCGGAGUUGGAGUCAAGGGAGCAUUACUUGGUCUGUAG